AUGGCACACCGAAUCCAUAUCGCCGUUCUAGAUACGGAUGUUCCCUGCCAGACUGUAUACGCCCAGCGCGGUCUUUACAGCUCGCAAUUUCGAACCCUGCUCCAGUCCGCCGCAAAGCGCGUCAACGCAAAUACAGAACUGCAACUCCAAAAUGGGCCGCUAGCUGUGCAUAUAACGGCCUUUGACGCCGUGGGAGGCUCACUCCCACCUCUGGAAUGCCUGCGAUCUACCCCCCGGUCUCCAGCAGACUCUAAAGCCGGUGGCCCAUUCAGCCCUAUCGACGCAAUCCUGAUUACUGGAUCUGCAAGCUCCGCAUAUGAUCUUGACCCAUGGAUCCGGGAACUCGAAUCAUUCAUCCAGAUCGUGCACAGCGAUUUCCCACUGAUCAGGAUGUUCGGUUCCUGUUUCGGUCAUCAAAUCAUCGCCCAGGCUCUGCUAUCAGGCUCGCACGAGAAGAAUGGAGCCGAAGCUGGCGUUCACCCAACGUUCCACGUCGAGCACUCCGCCCUCGGGUUUGAGCUUGGUAUCCAGCCUAUCACUCUAGAACAAUCAUUCACAGCACACUUCCCAUUCCUGGCACAACACACCUCACCCCUGUUCCCAUUUCGCAUCCAGUUAAUUCACGGGGACAUUGUCGUUCCCACGCCUGCCGCAAAAGCCGCAGCCUUGGUCUCCGGACAAGGCGAUGUUCCGCUUCCCCCAGGUUGGAUGAAUAUAGGCCACAGCGCUGCAUGUGAUGUCCAAGGCCUGUACUAUCCGGGUCGCAUCCUGACAUAUCAGGGCCACUUUGAAUUCGACGUUUGGUCAAACCGCGCACUAUGCAUUGAGUUCGGGCGACGCGGGAAUUGGCCUACCGAGUUAGUUCAACGAUACAUUGAGCAGAUUGAACGCUCGCUUGUUCCUGGUGCAGAGGAUAACGACGAUGCAAAGCGUGCUGCAGAGGUUGUUUUGCUUUUCUUUGCAGGUGAAGAUAACUCAGAUGUUGUGCGGAAAUCUUCUGGACUGGGCUUGGGUUUGGGGAGUCUUGUUGCGCCAAAUGGGAUGCUUACGCCUCCACUUGAAUGA